AUGGCCGGAAACAAUAAAAAUCAAUUUGGUUUGAUUAUUCUUGGAAAUAGUGGUGUUGGAAUAAGUUUCCUAGCUAAUAUUCUACUCGACAGAGAAAUAUUCAAACAUGAAUUCUCUGCUAGAUCUGUUACUCAUCACACCGAGUUUCAGGAAAUUACUUUUGAUGAUCACCAUUAUACUGUUUUUAAUAUUCCAAGUUUAAUUGAAGCUGAUCAAACUCGUGUUGACAUCAAUAAACCUGAAAUCGAUCAUGCAUUCACUCAACGACCAAGCUCGCUUAUUAUAUAUGUAUUUGGACAGCAAAACGGUCGCAUUCGUGAUGAAGAUGUGGUUGCAUUCAAUGCCAUUAAUGCCGCAUAUCAAUUGAAUAUCGAAUCACUCCUAUUAGUAAUCAAUGGUCUUCCAGCAACUCGACCAAAGAAAUAUGAAGGUGAAAGUUGUGUACUUGAAGUUUCGAUUAAAGGAAGAGAUUUUUGA